UUUUAGUGCUUCACUAGUCAGUAGAUACCCUAUAUAUACAUAUAAAUUUUGAGGAAUUAUGCUAAUUAAGUAAUUUUUCUUUACAGUUAGAGGUGAAGCCUGACAGAAGCAAACGCUAUGAAAAUAUCUGCUAUGAUAUUCAUUUUAACCGUUAUUCCCUUUUCGUGGGGUUGGGGCAAAGAUGAGUACGACUUUAAACUCAUCUACCAAUGGAAGCAAAUAGAAUACAAAUUCCAUAGUGAAGAACAGCGUUCAGAAGCAAUACAAAAUGGCACUUUCGAUAUUGGGAAAAUUGAGCCUAUUGAUGCCCAAUACACAUUCAAUGAAUACACGGACGAGGAAAGAAUUUUCGUGGUCACACCAAGAUUGAGAAAAACAGGCACACCGGCUGCCAUUGGUGUGAUUAUAAAUGAAACCAGAGAUGGAAAUCCGGUUAUUGAACCAUAUCCUUCUUGGUCUUGGCACUUAGAACCAGAAAAAUGCAAAUAUCACAGAAUAGUCUCAUUGUUUAGAGUAUGGUGGGACGAAUGUGAUAGACUUUGGAUAUCAGACAUUGGAGUUAUAGGGGGCGAUUUCAUAUGUCCACCACAAAUAUUGGUGUUUGAUUUGAAAACGGAUAAACUUCUCCAUAAGUAUGAAAUUCCUUACGACCAGCACAACAAUGUUUCCUGGUUCAUUUCUCCAAUGGCGGAAGUUGAGUCCUACGACAACCAAUGCGAAAAUACUUGGUUGUAUCUAGCAGACCCUAAUGAUUCUAAAUUGUUAGUAUACAGUCUCAAACAAGACACAUCUUGGAGCAUACAAGAUAAAAGUUUCGAGCCGGAUCCAGAAUAUUACAAUUACACUAUAGAUGGCGAUUCUUUUAGCUAUGCUGAUGGAAUAAUAACUGUUGCACUUUCACCUGCAUCAGACGGCCUAGAAUAUAGAAAACUUUACUACCAUGCAAUGUCUAAUAACAAAGAAUCUUGGGUUUAUGUUAAAGAUCUUAAAAAUCGGGACAAUUUUGAAAUUCCUUAUGAAGCAACUGAACUUUUUCAUACGUACAAAGAUAGAAGAGAUCAACAAUCAAUAACAGAAGGCAUAGACCGGGAUGGAUAUGUUUACUUUUCGCUUCUGAUUGAUGUUUUGUUAGUGAAAUGGGACCCAAAUACACCAUAUAGAAAAGAAAAUUGGGAAAUUAUCAAUGAUGAUUAUGAAAGAAUGCAGUUUCCGAGUGGAUUGAAAGUAUUGCCUCGUAAAGGGAAUAAACGCCAAGAAGUUCUUUGGGUAUUUGCAGCAGCAUAUCAAAGAUUUGAAGCUGGAACGUUAUUUGGAAAUCGAACCAAUUUUAGAUUAUUUGCCGUAGACUUAUAAAUUAUCAAAUACAUAAUAACCUUUUUUUAAUCGAAUAAAUUUAUACAUUUGAGAAAUCUCACGCUAUGAGUGCGUGUGUGGUUUAUACAUUUUCUAUAAGACAAAUAACGUGAACUUCC